AUGGCGUGUGACCUCGUUAAGCAGCCAAGAGAGAUGGAGGUGCAACUCAAGGAGCAAAGGGAAUGGGUGCAGGGAAAGAUGGAACAUGAUGAGAACCAGCGGCGUAAGAAAGAAAAACAGGUGAUGGAGGAUGACACAAUGAAGCACCUUGCUCAUCUAGAGAAUGAGCUGAAGAAAAAGAGUGGGCAGCUUGACCAGAGUAACACAACUAUUUAG